AUGUCUUGGCUAUGGGAUUGGGUAUCCGGCGUUCUUAAUUAUCUUGGUUUGACGAAGAAAAAUGGUAAAUUAGUUUUCCUGGGAUUAGAUAAUGCUGGCAAAACCACACUUCUGCAUAUGUUAAAAGACGAUCGCAUGGCGCAACAUGUUCCAACUCUCCAUCCUACUUCAGAAGAACUGUCACUUGGUGGCAUUCGCUUCACAACAUUUGAUCUAGGUGGCCAUGAACAAGCUCGACGAGUUUGGAAAGAUUAUUUUCCAGCUGUAGAUGCUGUUGUAUUUUUAGUGGAUUGUGCUGAUGUUGAGCGAAUCGCAGAAAGUAGGCGUGAGCUCGAAAGUUUAUUGAAUGAUGAACAAGUGGCAUCCUGUCCGAUACUAAUUCUCGGUAAUAAGAUUGAUAAACCGAGUGCUUUAGGAGAAGAUCAGCUGAAAUGGCAUUUGGGAAUAUCGAAUUUAACUACUGGAAAAGGGCAGAUUUCGCGCACUGAUUUAUCAUCAAGACCAAUGGAAGUUUUCAUGUGUUCAGUUUUAAGGCGUCAAGGAUAUGGCGAAGGUUUCAGAUGGUUGUCGCAAUAUUUAGAUUAA